GAAUUUUUUUUAUGAUACUACUGCUGAUAGUGCUAAUUGCUUAAAUGCUCAUGUGCUGGCAUACUUCGUUUGGCCGUGCAUACAUUAGUUAUCUAUUUCUCUACACAUGCACAUAUGUAUUAUACAUAGGUAUACAUUGCAGUUAAGUUGACAAGCAAAUGGGAGUCAUGUUCCUGCAGUCAAAACCUGCAUGAAGCUUUUCGUGUGACUUCUCCAGCUGGUAUUGCUGUUUAGUUUAACUAUUGUUUUGUUCUUUGUUACUGUGUUUGUUAGCGUUCCCCGAGGAUUUGGGAAAAAUGACAGUGUAAAGUGUAACUUCUGACCGGCUAAUUCAAUGUUCGUCUUUUUAUCUUAUCAAACGAUUUCUUAACAACGUACGUAAUAUUUCCUUACGAACACGCGUUAAUCUCCGUAGCAAAAUUUACUGCUAAACAAGUGCCCCUCGUUUAUAUCAGUAAAUGCACCAAGACGUGAAAGAUGAUGCCCUUAAAGGACAACCAGGAUGUCGCGUGUUUCCUUGUCACCAAACACUCGUGGAAGGGCAAGUACAAACGUAUUUUUUCCAUUGGAUCCAUGGGCAUAACAACGUACAACCCAACUACUCUAGAAGUUACAAAUAAAUGGGAAUACACUGACGUCAUAAGCAUUCAGCCUACAAACAAAAAUCAAGUUGGAUCUCACGAGUUCAGCAUUACCAUGCGUAAAGAAAGAAAAAUUGAAACCAUGAAAUUCAGUUCUGAGUACAGAUCUCAUUUACUUACGGAAGCUCUGAGGUAUAGAAGUCAAUUUGCCGAGAAGCCAAAGGACGUAUUGAGGUUUCAAGCUUACAAGCACCACUGGUCUGACACAAGAUUACCUGUAGUGCUAGAAAUCACUCCCUACAGUCUUGAUCAGUUGGAUCCAGCAACAAAUAUGGUACUAGCUAGCUAUUGUUACAUGGAUUUUGAAGGGCUUGUGACUGUUAAGGACUACACAAAUGGAUUUGUCGUAGUUUGCGGUGGUUUUGGCCGAUUACAUUUGUUUGCUUCUCAGUACAUUGAAGAAAUCAAGAAAAAAUUGGUUGAAUCCGCAAUGAACCAUUUGGGUAUUAUAAUUAGAGUACCCAAAGAAUCUAUAAAACUGGAUGACUUUUUUGCUCAAAGGUUUGGCAAAUUCAGCGGAGACGAGCAUAUAACCAGCGUUUCCGAAUUUACUGUACAGAAAAAUUCUUCGAGACAUUCAGAGGCCCAACGCAGAACUCUCUGUCUUUCCGACACUUGUUUGUUAGAAAGAGAUCCGCAGACUUAUAACAUUUGCACGUUAAGGCCGCUAUCUGAUAUUUUUGCUUUGGUUCGUGACAAUCAGAAUCCUCAGUUAUUCACAGUCCAAUAUAUCAAUGGCCAAAGGCGCAGUUACAUGGCAACUGAUCGAGAUUCGCUGUUGGCUUCUCUGUUGGACGGCGUCCGAGCCUCGGGUAACAGAGAUGUACACAUCAAGAUGCAUCCAAUAAAUCGUGGCAAAAGAUUGGGAUCUUUAAGCUUGCCAGUUGAAGAAGAAGUUGAAAUAUUGCACGUGAAAUUCCUCCAACAACCUCCCAAUGGACGCACGUUUGUAGAAAUCUUGGAAAGAUUCAAUGCAAAUAUUCCUUACAGUGGCCUUUUGUAUUCCGUCACGCAAGACGGACUUUUUACGGAGAACAAGGAUAAAAUAAUUCUCGGAGCUUUAAAUGCCGUAGUGAACAAAGAUCUGGAUACGGACUUUGAGAUCGAGGCGCAGUUCCACGCCCUUCGAAGAUUAGUGGCCAGUAAAGUCGGCUUCACAGCUUUUACAAAUUUAGCUGGUUUUCGCGAAGCCAUCGGAAUCAAAGUAGUUAAGGCAUUGAAACGACAGAAUUGCGGUGUGACUCAAGUCGCGAUCGACUGCAUAUGUGCUCUCAUGCAACCAAUGCACGACGACUGUGACUUGAGACAGGAGCAAUUGAACAAAAGCAGCCUACUGAGUAGCACCAAAUUCUUGGAAAGUUUGCUCGAAAUGUGGAUCAAUCACGUGAAUCACGGGACCGGAGCUCUCGUUGUCUCGGCUAUGCUGGAUCUCUUGACCUUUGCCCUAUGUGUUCCAUACAGCGAAACGACGGAUGGCAAGCAUUUUGACAACUUGCUGGAAAUGGUGGCCGCGAGGGGCAGGUUGCUCUUUAAAUUAUUCCAGCAUCCAUCGCUAGCUAUUGUUAAGGGUGCCGGCCUGAUCAUGCGGGCCAUCAUCGAAGAGGGUGCCCAAGAGGUUUCAGCCAAAAUGCAGGAGCUGGCUCUUGCUGAAGGUGCGCUGCCCAGGCAUCUUCUAAAUAGCUUGUUUACCGCUGGCACCGAUGGCAGGUUUCUCACCCACCGGCAGCUGUGUCGGCAUCUCGUCGGGCUCUGGGUUACGGCUCACCCAACGGCUAUGGCCCUUUUAAAAAGGAUUAUGCCGAUUGGAUUGUUAAAUUAUUUGGAUUCGGAAGAAAAAGUACCAGAAUCGUACGUAGAAGAGGAGAGGCUAGACUACCGGGACAAUUUGAAAAUAGCAAUAGACCACGCUGCGAGGAACAGAAAAAGUUCUCAGUGGAUAGCAAUAGAAAAACAAAUGAGAGUGGUGGAAAAGCACUUGGAAAACGCCUUGGAGCACUGGGGAGCGAAAGUCGGUAUCGAGAGGAGGGAAAAAAUCAAGGAGAGGCCGAUAGUUCUGAGAAAACGCAGGGAAAGAGUAAAGUCGGAAGCGAAUUGGAAGUUGUUUUAUUACAAAUUCAGUCAAGACCACGAGCUGCCUAAUUUGAUAUGGAAUCACAAGACACGCGAAGAACUGCGCACGGCCCUCGAAAACGAAAUACGAGCGUUCUCGUCCGACAAAGAUUUGUCUGGUGGAACUCUGAUAGCGUGGAACCACCGCGAGUUUGAGGUACAAUACCAGUGCUUGGCGGACGAAGUCAAAAUAGGCGAUUAUUAUCUAAGAUUGCUUCUAGAGAAGGACUCGCCUGAUAAUCCUAUAAGAAAAUCGUACGAAUUUUUUAAUGAUUUAUAUCAUCGUUUUUUAUUGACAACUAAAAUAGAUAUGAAGUGCCUUUGUUUACAAGCCAUGAGCAUUGUUUACGGAAGAUAUUACGAGGACAUUGGUCCGUUCUCUGACACAAAGUACAUAAUAGGUAUGCUGGAGCGUUGCAUCGAUAGGACGGAGCGCGACCGAUUGGUCAUGUUUAUAGAAAAGCUAAUACUGCACCGCAGAAACGUCAAAGACAUAAUGGACCAAAAUGGGGUGCGCAUAAUCGUAGACCUGUUGACCCUGGCGCAUCUGCACACGUCGCGAGCGGUCGUGCCGACCCAGACUAACGUCAUAGAGGCAGGGCCCAGUCAGGGCCUUGUCCUCGAGAAGGAGUGGUACUACAGCGAGGCCGACAAGCGCAAGGGCCCCAUCAGCGUCAAGGAGCUAGGUGAGCUCUACACUGCUGGCCAGAUAACACACAAGACGAAAGUUUGGUCCCAGGGCCUGGACAGCUGGCGGCUGCUGUCCCAGGUACCUCAGCUCAAGUGGAGCCUCGUCGCCAAGGGCAGCGCCGUCAUGAACGAGAGCGAGCUCGCCACCCUCAUCCUCAACAUACUCAUAAAAAUGUGCGAGUACUUUCCAAGUCGAGACGCCGACAACGCGAUAGUUCGACCGUUGCCUCGGGUCAAACGAUUGCUCUCGGACUUGCAAUGUCUGCCACACACCGUCCAGCUGCUGCUUACUUUCGACCCAGUCCUUGUCGAGCGGGUGGCCAUUCUGCUCUCCGAAACCAUGCGCGACAAUCCCGAGAUAUCGAAAAUCUAUUUGACCGGCGUCUUUUACUUCAUUUUAAUGUAUACGGGCUCUAAUGUACUGCCAGUAGCGAGGUUCCUUCAGCUGACUCACGCUAAACAAGCCUUCAGAGGCGAGGAGAACACGUCUUCGGAUAUUAUGCAGAGGAGCAUUCUCGGACAACUUUUGCCAGAUGCAAUGAUCAGUUAUUUAGAAAAUCAUGGAGCUGAAAAAUUUGCCCAAAUAUUCCUCGGCGACUUUGACACGCCCGAAGCAAUAUGGAACGCCGAGAUGCGAAGGAUGCUAAUUGAAAAAAUUGCCGCCCACAUAGCCGACUUCUCGCCAAAACUAAGGAGUCAUACCAUGUCUCGGUAUCAGUACAUACCUAUUCCUGCUGUCCGCUACCCACAACUGGAAAAAGAAUUGUUUUGUCAAAUAUUUUAUCUACGGCAUCUCUGCGAUACCGUCAAAUUCCCAGACUGGCCCAUCGCGGAACCUGUAAAAUUACUAAAAGAUGUGUUGGAUGCGUGGAAAAAAGAAGUAGAGAAAAAACCACCAAUCAUGACUGUUGACGAAGCGUACAAAGUAUUAGGAUUGCGAAGCGGUCAGCACCACGACGAAGCUAUAGUUAGAAAAUCCUAUUACAAAUUGGCGCAGAUGUAUCAUCCUGAUAAGAAUCCGCAAGGAAGGGAUAAGUUUGAGGGUGUCAAUCAAGCAUACGAAUUUCUCUGCAGUAGAAACUGCUGGUCGACUGACGGGCCGAAUCCAGAUAACAUCGUUCUGAUCCUAAAAACUCAAAGCAUACUGUUUCACAGGUACAAGGAAGAGCUUAGCCCGUACAAAUAUGCUGGCUACCCGCAGCUGAUUAAAACGAUAAAGCUGGAAACGGACGACGAGCGUCUAUUUUCAAAGGAUGCACCGCUUCUUGCCGCCGCGAGCGAGUUAGCUUAUCACACGGUUCAUUGCUCUGCUCUGAACGCCGAAGAGCUAAGGCGAGAGGGUGGCUUGGAAAUAUUGUUGGAAGCUUAUUCGAGAUGCGUCUCUGUUUUGAGUAAAUCCAGUAAGCCCAACGACGUGGCCGUACAAGUUUGCAUGCACAUAACCAGAUGCUUCGCGGUCGCUGGUGCGUUCAGGGGCUGCCGUGAUAGAAUAGUCGAGCUUCCUCAGCUAAUCAAGGACUUGUGCAGAGUCCUACACUUCAGGCACCUGACAAAAUUGUGUUCCGUGGCGACGGAAUGCAUCUCGUCGCUUGCCACAGACAGCGUACUUCAAAUGCAACUCUUGCAAUCUGGAGCUUUGUGGUACUUGUUGCUCUUCAUGUUCAAUUACGACUACACUCUGGAGGAGGGUGGAGUUGAAAGGAAUCAGGACGAAAAUCGGCAGGAAAUCGCCAACAAUCUCGCCAAACUGGCGAUCAGAGCUUGCGCCAAGAUGGGCGGCUACAUGAAGGCCGAGCACGAGACGCCCUACAAUCCAGUUACGGUAGCAGCUUUAGAGAGCCUCCUGACGCCUUAUUUGACCAGACAGCUCGGUAACGAUAAGCCAGAAGAGAUACUCAAGACACUAAAUUCCAAUUGCUACAAUCCCUAUUUAAUAUGGGAUAACGGAACCAGAGCCGAGCUGGCCGAAUAUCUUGAGAACAAACUCAGAGAGAAGCUGAGCGGCAAUAACAACUUUGAACACGACUUUUCGCACUUCACCUACAGCGCGCACAAAGAAGAACUCGUCAUUGGCGAAAUAUUUGUCAAAAUUUACAAUGAACAAUCGAACUUCCCGAUCGAGAAUCCCAAAGGCUUUACGAUUGAUUUACUAGACUACUUGACGAAAAUCUUGGAUUUCAGUAUAAUGCCUGGUAAAAACGUUGCUUUAGUCAAGAAAGACCAAGAAAACUUGAAAAACAUCACCAUGUCGCUGGAAGCACUGAAAAAUAUCAUAAAAAAUAAUCCAGGUGUAGAAAUACAGUGCAUUGGGCACUUUAAAUUACUUUUCAACUUAUUAAAUUACAGUGACUUCAAAGUUAUUCAAAACGCUGCGCUCUUGGUUAUCAGCAACGUGACAAAGAAUCAAGAAUGUGUGAACGAUAUAGCAGCCAAUGAAGUUAUUUUAAAUUUGUUGUUAUCCCUGAAUAGUCUGAAGGAUUCUCAACUCUUAGUCGUGGAAACUCUCUACGCACUCAUGAGCACGACGAAAAUUGUUAAGGAAGCGCUAAAUAAAGGAGCUGUUGUGUACAUUUUGGACUUGUUUUGUAAUUCGACGAAUUCUCAAAUUCGCGAAGCUGCUGCCGAGUUGUUAGCUAAAAUGUCUUCUGAUAAACUGGCCGGCCCUAAGGUCAAACUUGAUUUGUCAAAGUUCUUGCCUCGAUUGUUUAGCGAAGCUAUUCGCGAUGCCCCAAAACAAUGUGUUCAAAUGUUUGAAAGUAGACAAGAAAAUCCCGAAUUGAUAUGGGAUGAUGAUACAAAAAUCAGAGUAUCAAGAAUCGUUGCUGAACUGAAAGAUGAAUAUUACAAUCUCCAGUGUAGAAAUCCUAAUGCUGCAUUGAGACUUCCUGAUACGAAAAAUAAUGUUGAUAAUAUAACUAAUGAACCAGUGGUGGGAGGAGUUUAUCUAAGAUUAUUUAUAUCUAGUCCAGCAUGGGCUUUGAGGAAACCAAAGGAAUUUUUGAGCGAAUUAAUGGAUACCAUUUUAACCUUGAUGUCCAAGGAAAAGACUGACUUGGACAUGUUAGAAUUAUGCACGCAAUCUCUUGUGUGCCUACUGCAAGCACAGCCAGCUUUGACGGAUCAAGUACCCUCUUUGGGUCACAUUCCAAGAUUGUGUCGACAAAUGGCCAUGCAAAAUAAUCAACCAUUGGUCUAUAAAGCUGCUAUUCUUAUACUUCAUCAACUUGCCACCAGUGAAAUUUGUAUAUCUUCGAUUUGCCAAACGGAAUGUAUCAGUCCGUUAAAACAUGCCAUGCAAUCGAGGAAAGAUAUGAUAGCAAUAGCGUGUGAAACAUUAAACAGGUUAUUUUCUACAAACGAAGAUAGGCUAAUCAAGCAGGCUUUGGAAGCUGAAAUGGUCCCGUACUUGUUGAAAAUCCUCGAAGGUCGGCUGGAUAUUGUUGAAAAUCCAGCUACUACCAAAGCUCAGAUAGUCAAAGCAUUGAAGGCAAUGACAAGAAGUUUUACCCUUGGUGACAAAGUAACUGCUAUACUUGAAAAGUCUAGUAUAUGGGCUGAAUACAAAGAUCAGAAACACGAUUUGUUUAUUUCAAACGCCCCAAUGAGUGGUUUCCUCACAGCUGGAACGGCUGUGUCAGCAGGUUACUUAACAGCGGGACCAAGUGCUUCAAUUUCGACUGGACCACCACCUGUGGACAAGGAAGACAGUGUUGUAAAUAGAAAAGACAGUAUCUGAUACGGGUAGAAAUAUUAUGACGUUGGAAGUUCUCAACCAAGAACUUUUGGAGAUUUAAGAAACUUGGAUGUUUGGAUGCAUCGAAAUAACUUUAUCUGUGAUUUAUAUAACUUUUAAAGAAUGAGUAAAAAGCGAGCAUCUACACUUUUUUCCAAUUUUUAGUAUUUUAUAAAAAUGAAAGUUCGAAAGAGCUAC